UCUUCACUGCUGACAGUGCUAGUGGUGGCCAAAAAAAGCCUGUUGGGUCUGAGGAGUGCAGGGAGGAGAGGGGGUUUGUCGUAAAGACAGCAGAAAUGGCCAGCAAAGUGGUGGACCUGUUGUAUUGGCGAGAUGUAGGAAAAACAGGACUGGUGUUCACAGGGCUGGUGGUGGGCUUAGCCUGCCUGUUUCAGCUCAGUACCAUCUCUAUGCUCUCCAACUUGGGCCUGGGCAUCAUGGCAUUCACCCUCCCUGUACGUCUGCUCUUCAAAACAAUGGACCUGGUCCGACUUAAUGAUGGAUCUCAUCCCUUCCAGUCCUAUUUGGAUGAGGACAGCACUUUGACAGAUGAGACCACAGUUCGUGUUGUGGAGAAGAUUGUGCUCCUGAUUGCAACUUUAAUUACAGAGCUGAAGAGACUCUUCUUCAUCGACAGUAUUAUAGACUCACUGAAGUUUGUUGUGCUUCUGUACCUGUUGACCUAUGUUGGGAUAAAAGCCAAUGGUCUAACUCUUGUGAUUGCUGGAGUGAUUUGUGCUUUCUCUCUGCCUUUGGCAUACAGACUACAGCAGGGCCGAAUUGACAGGAUUAUCAGUGCAGUCCAAUCACUGGUGACAAAAACGAAGGAGAUAAUUGAGCUUGUGGUGUCAUUAGUCAAAACUCCUCCUCCUGCUCCAACUCCUGCACCUGCUCCUAAACCCAAACUCAAGACCAAAUAAUGAGGCUAAAGAUUGGAUGGAUGGAGAGAAGAAGGACGUAAAGUCUUAUUUAUGGCUGGGAGGUAUUAUUGAUGUAGGAUGACAUAAGACGUAGAAUGACAAAUUUCUUUAUGGUGCUGAAAAUGUACUGAAAUUUACUACAGUAGUUCAGCAGCUGGUCUCCAUGACUGUGCAAAAAAACAUGAAUCAGUAGCUUUGGAAACGAAAGGCCUUGGUGGGAAAUCCAUGUCACCCUUGUGUAAAUGAACUGUAACUAUGGAAUUAAAGGAAUCAGUUUUAAUGGCAGGAUAUUAUGUGACUUUUAGAUUGCUUUGGGGUUAAUAUUUGAUGCAACAUAUUCACACAUGGGUAACAUGAAGGUGCAGGUAGCAGUGCUGCUGUGCUCAGGUGUGUGUGUGAGUGUGUGUGAGUGUGUGUGUGUGUGUGUGUGAGAGAGAGAGAGAGAGAGAGAGAGGGAGAGCGAGAGAGAGAGAGAGCGAGAGAAAGAGAGAGAGAGAGAGAGAGAGAGUAAUAGUCUUGGUUUUCAGUGUUUUUGGGAUAACCUCCAGUUCCACCAUGACCUUGACCAGAAUAAAGCGCUUACUGUCCACGAAUGAAUGGAUGAAUUAUCAUGUGUAAUUCAACUUUUUUAAUAUGUAGACGUUAGCAUUAAACACUUUUAUUUCUCAAAAUUAGAAACUUCUUUCUAUCUAUCAUCUCACCUUGUGAAUAAUUUAAUGGAGUCUUAGCAGAAACUGAUUCUAGGUAAAUAUUAACCCUUUACAGGUUUGGUUCUGGUGAUUUGGAAGCUUCAAGAAAUUGAAUGGUGUGAAUUUGAGCAAAGUUCUAAGUUGCCUUAACAAAGCAUUUCGGGAAACCUUAAACCUAGAACAAUUACACACUAUUUGAAAGACUCUUAAAAAGCUUAGAACUGUACAUAAAAAAAAAUAAAUAAAUAAAUAAACAUUUUUUUUGUAGAUUACUGUCCAAAGCGGUUAAAGAUUAUUCUGGUCAUUUGAGGAGAGUGGGACACCGCUAUACUGUGUCCUCUCCA